AUGGCCCCCGCCGAGGACGGUCCCGAGCCUCGUGCCGCUCAGGUCGAUGACCCGCCGCCGUUCGUGAAGGGCGUCAAGGGCCGGAAGGACAUGCACGUGCCCAAGGCUGUCUGGCGGCAGCAUCGCCCGCGGAAGCCUCGCGCCGCCGACCACGUCGAGGGCACCGGGAGCAAGGGGGGCCCCACCUCCGCCAGGGUCAUCAACGGCGUGCUCCGCUCGCUCGAGGAGCUCGCGAUCGCGUGCCCGCGUAACCUGAAGCGCUGGGGCCUCGCGUCCGAGGACGAGUACUUCGAGCACGUCAGGCGAAGGGACGUCGCGAAGGCUGCGCUCGACCAGCUCCUUCGAGAUCCCUCCGUCUCCGCCGACGACAAGCACGACGCCGCCGCGUCCUUCUCCAUGAACCACGGCCCCGCCGCCUUCAACUGCAGACGAUGCUGGCUCCUCCGCGGCUGCUGCGUCUGCCGCAUGCUCGUGUCCCUGCCCGUUCAAGCGCUGGGCCCGCACAGGAUCGCGGUGUACCUGCACCACCACGAAUUCGGCCGGGGGAGCAGCACCGGCGCGCUGGUGUCCGCGUGCCUCGGCGGCGACGCGUACGUCGCGGGUCUGCGGCGGGACGAGGAGGCGCUGAGGGAGCUGUGCGAGCGGGAGGACGGGAGGGUGGCGGUGCUCUGGCCGGGGCGGGGCGCCGUCGGCGUUGGGGACCUACCAGGCAUCGUCGUCGGCGGCGGCGAGAAAAAGGGGCGCGACGGCGAUGAGAAGGGGGGCGACGGCGACGACGAGAAGGGGGGCGACGGGGGUGGACGGGGGUGGACGUUCAUAGCCAUCGACGGCACGUGGAAGAACGCGCGGAACAUGCUGAAGCGGCUCCCCAAGGAUCGCGUGGUGCUCGUCUCCCUGCCCCCCGAGGCUUUCCGUUUCGUGCGCGAGGCCAACGCCGGGAUCACCGGGGGGACCGGUGACGGGGCGUCCCUGUUGGCGCCGGUGAGGAAGUACGCGGGCGCGCCCGAGGGUCGAACGAGCACGUUCGAGGCGUGCGUCGCCCUCCUGAGGGCGCUGGGGGUGGACGAGGCGACGUGCAAGGCGCAGCUGGAGAACGUGAAGACCAAGGUGGACGCGGUGAAGGUUCAGAAGAGCAUGGCGCCGGUGUACGAGAAGGUGACGGGCGAAGGGGACUUUGAGACUUGAUAG